UAUGAGUGAAAAUACGAAGCAAAUAGUAAAACAAUGUCCCCAGAAAAAACUCCAAAAUAUUUAGAGGAAUCAUUAGGGUCAGAAGUGAAGGAGUUGAUCUCCACCCUACCCAAGCAAAAUGGCUGGCUUGCCUCCCAUAUCUACCAGUAUCAAGGUUUCUGGCAUGCUGCUUCACACCUCCAAGCCCUCAUCUCAUGCCAGAACCAUUUCCAGGCUCGAGACUCCGACGUUUUCCUCAUCACCACUCCCAAAUCCGGCACCACCUGGCUCAAAGCCCUCAUCUUCGCCUUGAUGAAUCGGAAACAGAACCCUAUCUCCUCCCCCACACACCCUCUCCUCACCAACAACCCCCACGACCUCGUCCCUUUCCUCGAGAUCCAUCUCUACGCCGACAACCAGAAACCCGACAUCGCUUCCCUCCCUUCUCCGCGCCUCUUCGCCACCCACAUGCCUUAUGUCUCCUUACCGGAAUCCGUGAAAAACGGCUCUCGGUGCAAGCUCGUGUACCUCUGCAGGAACCCUAAGGACACCUUCGUCUCCCUCUGGCACUUCACCAACAAGCUCAGGACUCCCGAGAUGGGAGCCAACGACAUCAGGGAGGUUUUCAACAGAUUCUGCGAUGGAGUCAGCCUGUUCGGGCCGUUCUGGGACCACGUGCUGGCGUACUGGGAGGUGAGCAGGGAGAGGCCGGGCUGCGCCUUGUUCCUCAAAUACGAGGAGAUUAAGGCGCGGCCAGGGGUUCAUCUGCGCCAGCUGGCGGAGUUCCUCGACUGCCCUUUCUCCGCGGAGGAAGAGGAGUCGGGGAUGGUUGAGCGGAUUUUGAAGCUGUGUAGCUUUGAUCAUCUAAGGGGACUUGGAGUGAACAAGAAUGGGAAGUUGUCGUCUGGGGAGGAGAAUAAUGCUUUCUUCCGGCGCGGGGAGGUUGGAGAUUGGAACAAUUAUUUGACUGCGGAGAUGGCGGAGAGGAUUGAUCGGAUUGGUCGGGAAAAGUUCCAUGGAUCGGGAUUGGAGCUGCUCUGACUUCUCGUCCCUUCGUCUCAAUUUCUUUCUGCAGAUUAUUCAAGCAUGAAAUUAUGUAUUUCAACUAUCGUUGGAGUUUGCAUUUGUUAUUUGAAUAUUACUAUUGAAC